AUGCCGCCUGCCGUUGGUGGUCCUCAAGGCUAUACACCACCUGAAGGUGGAUGGGGAUGGAUGGUUGUGGUUGGAGCCUUUAUCUCUAUUGGCUUCUCCUAUGCAUUCCCCAAGUCUAUCACUGUCUUCUUCAAAGAAAUUGAGGCGAUCUUCAAUGUGACAAGCAGCCAGGUGUCGUGGAUCUCCUCCAUCAUGUUAGCCGUCAUGUACGGCGGAGGUCCUAUAAGUAGCAUCCUGGUGAACAAAUAUGGGAGUCGUCCUGUUAUGAUGGCAGGAGGAUGUCUCUCUGGAGUGGGCCUUGUGGCUGCUUCUUUCUGCAAUUCUGUUGAAGGACUGUACUUUUGCAUUGGUGUGCUAGGAGGUUUGGGACUGGCCUUCAAUCUUAACCCUGCCCUUACUAUGAUUGGAAAGUACUUCUACAAGAGGCGACCUAUUGCCAAUGGGAUUGCGAUGGCUGGGAGUCCUGUCUUCCUCUCUACCCUGGCUCCACUUAACACCUGGUUCUUUGAUCAGUUUGGCUGGAGAGGAAGUUUUAUGAUCCUGGGUGGCCUGCUCCUUAACUGCUGUGUCGCUGGUUCCCUCAUGCGACCUAUAGGACCUAAACCCAAACCUCCAGAGAAGACCACUGAGAGAAGGACUGUUCUGCAGAAAAUUAACAGCUUCAUUGACCUCUCUUUGUUUAAGCACCGUGGAUUUUUGCUCUACAUUUUGGGCAAUGUUGUGAUGUUUUUUGGUCUCUUUGCACCCCUGGUGUUCCUCUCUAAUUAUGCCAAGAGUAAAGAAAUCCCCAAAGAAAAGGCAGCUUUUUUACUCUCUGUGCUGGCUUUUGUUGACAUGGUUGCAAGGCCCUCAAUGGGCAUUGUGGCAAACACCAAGUGGGUCCGGCCAAGAAUACAGUACUUCUUUGCUGCCUCUGUACUUUACAACGGUCUGUGUCAUGUUCUUGCUCCAAUAUCAGUUGACUACAUGGGCUUUGUUAUUUAUGCCAUCUUCUUUGGGUUUGCUUUUGGUUGGCUGAGCUCAGUCCUGUUCGAGACCUUGAUGGAUCUAGUGGGAGCUCAGCGCUUCUCAAGUGCUGUUGGGCUGGUUACUAUUGUGGAGUGUGGCCCUGUAUUGCUAGGGCCCCCACUGCUUGGAAAGUUUAAAGACAUCUACAAUGAUUACAAAUACACCUACCAGGGCUGUGGGAUCAUCCUCCUAGUCUCCAGUGUUUUCCUGUUUGCAGGAAUGGGACUCAACUAUCGACUGCUGGACAAGGAGAAAAAAGAGGAAGAAAGGAGGGCAAGGGUGGGAGUUAGAGAGCAAAAGUCCAACAGGGACAAUGCUGCCAAAGAGGUGGCAGAGGUUAGGAAUACCGAAGACUCUGUCUAGUGCUCUGUGGCAAGUCAGCAUAUACAUUUGAAUCCAAAUUUAUAAUUUAGUGAUGUGUAUAUUGAUGGAAAUUGGAUUCCUCUGUGGAAUAAUUCUAAUCAGCAUUCCUCUGUUGUUUUUUUUUUUUUUUUUUUUUUUUUGAUUUGCUGUUUUCGGAGACGGUCAGUGAUAUCAUGAACUUAUUUGCAAUGCAGUGUAAAAUAUUCAGAUCUACAUAUCAAAGACCAUUAAACUUUGAUUUUAAAAAAGGAAAACCCACAUAAAAUACCUCUUAUAUUUGAGACUUGUAAAUAUUAUUCAAGUUGCUCGUUUUAUGUCAGAAGAUGAUACGCUAUUUCAUUUCAGUCAGGUUCUAUCACUUUAAACUGCCAUCAUCUUCUUGAAGUUUAUUAUAUGUAACGUAGUAUAUUAACCUUUCAGAUAUGUACCAUUUACUAUAUUGCUGUGUAAAGCUUUAUAUUUCAAAGAGAUCUUUUGUUCUUAGUUUUUCUUCCAUGCCACUAUUGCUUUAUUCAUUACAUAUAUUCACUUUAAUUUUGUUUUUUUCUAGCUUGUUUUUUCUGGUUCAUUUUUAUUCGUGUCAUUCAUGAAUCAUUCUGAAGUCAUUCUGCACGGCUUAGUGUGUUAACAGGAUUAGAAAAUGUGCCUCUGACUGCAACUUUUAUUCUUACUUCAGUAUA